AUGUGCACCUUGAGCUGGGGUUUCAAAGCUCUCUUUGUAAUGAUAUCAUGCAGAUUAAUAAAAGUUCCCCCAGCUGAAGGAAAAGGUGAAAUUCUUCCGCCUACCAUACAGAAAAUAAUGAAAGGAUAUAACAAGUAUCUGCGCCCAUUUUUUGACAAUGGCCCUGUCUCAGUGGGAAUGAGUAUGGAUAUAGCAAGCAUCGAUACAAUAUCAGAAAUAAACAUGGAUUACACAGCUACUAUAUUCCUAAGACAGCGGUGGACUGAUGAACGUCUUUGUUUUGAGGGUAACAAGAGCUUAAGCUUAGACGGUCGCCUUGUGGAAAUGCUUUGGGUACCAGACACCUUUAUAGUGGAUUCAAAGAAGUCUUUUCUUCAUGAUAUUACUGUUGAAAACCGUCUAAUCAGAAUAUAUCCCAAUGGAACAGUCCUUUAUGCCAUACGGAUAACCACAACAGUUGCGUGUAAUAUGGAUUUGACUAAAUACCCUAUGGACAAACAGACGUGCACCUUGCAACUGGAAAGCUGGGGUUAUAACACUAACGAUGUGAUGUUCUACUGGACAAGAGGAAAUGAUUCUGUUAAAGGUUUGGACACAAUUCGAUUGGCACAGUAUACAGUAGAAGAUCACUAUACCUCUGUAUCGGAAGCUGUCUAUGAAACAGGGCACUAUCCAAAAUUAGUCUUCCAUUUUGAACUCAAGAGGAACAUUCUGUAUUUCAUCCUUGAGACUUACGUGCCAUCCAGCUUACUGGUUGUCCUCUCCUGGGUGUCAUUCUGGAUAAGCCAAUCAUCAGUUCCAGCCAGAAUCUGCAUAGGUGUUACAACGGUACUCACUAUGACAACCCUUAUGAUGGGAGCUCGGACAUCCCUUCCGAAUGCUAACUGCUUCAUCAAGGCAAUUGAUGUGUAUUUGGGCAUUUGUUUUACCUUCAUCUUUGGGGCAUUACUGGAGUAUGCUGUGGCUCACUUCUGUACCUUUAAUCGAUCUGGUGUGAAGAAACUCACCAAGGAAGAGGAUGAAGAAGCUGAGGAGGAGAUCAAUGGAGUCCUGUCAGCAAUAGCCAACAGUUGCAAGGCUGAUAAGAUUAGCAAGGCUGAUCCAGACAAGUCGGCCAAAAGACCCCUUGGCAGAAAAGAGGAGAAAACUCAACACAGAAGACGUCGUUCCCCAACAAUGAUGAAAGGACUUCUCUUUAUAUUUAACUGUUUCCAUGUUAAAAACCCCUAUCACAUAGACAAUUAUGCCCGGAUUUCUUUUCCAUUAUUGUUUAUCAUCAUAAAUGUUUUUUAUUGGGUAUAUUAUUUGUGUUUCUAA